AAUUUGGUGUGUGUGAGCGGUGCGCGCAUUUCUAGAUUUUCAGUUGGAAUUCUGAAUCGGCCGGUUACGGUUUAUUGUUGCUCUGAUCUAGCGAAAGUGCAAACAAAUAAGAAGGACACGUGGUAUCUUAUAAUCCUUGACGUUCGAACUAUAAUUUGUGAUUACAAUUUGUGCAUUUAAAAUGGUGCAGCCGUCGAAUUCUGUGAGCGCCAAUAGCGCCGGCAGCACUAACAGCAAUAACAAUAAAAACAACAUUGAUAUUUACAAUAUAGUCACCUUGGUGUUAGAUAUAGCACUGCUGAUAUUCAAGUUCUGGGUUGCGAUAAUCGAGUCGAUAGUUAAGACAUUUGUGCCACAAGAAGUCGAUGUCAAAGGUCAAACUGUACUGAUCACCGGCACCGGACAUGGCAUUGGCAAGGAGCUCGCGCUGCAGUACAGCGCACUUGGCGCUAAGCUCAUCUGCUGGGAUGUGAAUGAGGAAGCAAAUCAGCAGACAGUCAAGGACAUCAAAGCUUACGGUGGGGAGGCGUACGCUUAUACAUGCGAUGUUACGAAACGUGAUGCGAUCAACGCCUUGGCUGAGAAGGUCAAGAAAGAGCAUGGCUUUAUCAAUAUUAUUGUAAAUAAUGCUGGUAUUAUGCCCUGUCAUCCAAUUCUUGAACACACCGAAACUGAGAUUAGAACUAUGUACGAAAUUAAUGUGCUGGCGCAUUUCUGGAUCAUUCAAGCCUUUCUCCCAGAUAUGUUGGCCCGCAACGAAGGUCACUUUGUCGCUUUGUCAUCGUGCGCUGGUCUCUUCGGGCUGCCAAACUUGGUGCCUUAUUGUGGUACAAAAUUCGCUGUGCGCGGUCUAAUGGAGGCGCUGAGCGAAGAAUUGCGACACAAGAACCCACAGAAUAAUAUUAAAUUUACCACCAUCUAUCCAUACAUGGUCGAUACCGGUCUCUGCAAGCGUCCACGCUACCGCUUCCCCAGCCUCUUUAAACUGGUCAAGCCCACAGACGCGGCAGCGAGCAUUAUUCGCGCACAACGCACCAGCCUAGAGCACGCCAGUAUUCCACGUGAUUAUUUGUAUUUGGAGAAAAUUAGACGUUUGCUGCCACGUAAUGCUAUGCGUUUAAUUGAUAGCUUCCUCGAUGUGGGUGUAGACUCAGAUAAAUGAAGGAGUGUGUUGGAAAAUGUAUAAGUGAUAAGCGAUUUUUCAUAAAAAAAAGUGUAAAGUUAAGCCGCAUUUAUAUGCCAUUUUGUCUUUUUUCAUAAAAUACCAAAAAUAUAGACCUUUAAGUAACGCUGUAUUUCGUAUAUAUAUACCAUAAUUAUAUACAUCUAUACAUAAUUUUUUUUUUACAUUUGUAAAUUGUAUUCGAGUGCUGAGAGAAAAAUAAAACAAUAAUUCUUUCGUAAAA